AUAACCUGAAUAAACAAAACAAAUUUUGAUUAAAUUAGAAAAAAAUAAACAUGAACACUGGAUUUGGAACAUGGACUGAGAAGGAUAUAAAAGAUGGUGGACAAAUAGAUCCUACAUUUGGAAGACAUCAGGACACUGAUUUCCCAACGGUGGAAGAUGUAACUGCUGCCGCUGUAGCAAAUGCACAACAACAAAAUCAAGCUAAUCAAGAAUUACAUGACCAACAUCAUGAACAUCAAGCAGCAUUAGAAGAAGCUAAAAAGAGAAGACCAGUAUCAGGUACCAAAAGAGCAGCACAAAAUAGAUCAGCACAAAAGGCAUUUAGAGUUAGAAAAGAAAAAUAUAUUAAAGAUUUGGAACAACAAGCAGCUGAAGCAAAUCAAUUAAAACAAACAAUUGAAGAAUUAAGAGCGGAAAAUUUACAACUUAGAGAUUAUACAUUAGCUUUACAAAGUAGAGUAAUUGAAUUAUCUCCAAGUCAUCCACCACAGGGUCAAGAUCACGUUCCUGCACCUCCAGCAGCGGUAUUUAGUGGUAAUAAAAUGUUUAAUCAAGAAAAGUAAAAGGUUGAACACUUUUAUAGAUUUAAUUCCGCUCUUACUAGG